AUGCAGGUAGUUAGUGAUUCUCAAAGGAAGUCGUCCAAGGGACGACUAAAAGUCGAAAAGCGUAUUAUUAGCUUCGUUUAUCUUUGCACGGGUAUACAAUUAUUAAUGGUGUUUGCUUUCAUUGUUAAAGUUACCCUAGGUGUUAACCGUACAUUUCAACAUUCGAUAUUCUCUAACAACGACUAUGCCCUCAAUCCUGUCCUAAUUUAUAAGACCAAAACCUGUAACUACACGACUGUGGACGACUUACAGGCAUUUAACGGUGUAUCUAUAACGCUAAACGCUGAAAACGCCAACAUCGUUUUUGCUGACCAUGCGCUUGAGAUGAAGUCACUAUUCGUUUUGGGCCUAAUUACCAUGGCCUUCGGUAUUAUAAAUCGGAUUUGCAUUGAUAUAGCUUUUUUUUCCCUAAAGUUUCGCAAUAUGGAUAUCAAAAAGGACAUUUUCUCAGCGACGGAGCUCCUUCUACUUACGUACUUGGCACAGGCGGCUGCCUUUUCCGAACCACGAUCAGCUCUGCUUAGGAAUUAUCUCCACAAUUGUGGGGUGACUUCGGAGAAGUAUCUGCCUUGGGUAUCGGUUUCUGGGUUAUAUGUGGUCGUUGCGACUGGAUAUUUUACCUAUUUGGUAACACUAAUAAUCUACUUGAGGAAUACUUUACCGAAAUACGGUACCAUGACACCUGAGGAAAUCGAGGAGUACAAGGCCUGGUUACGCCUGCGCAAAGCUGAGGCUGAGCAGUCACGGAUCUUCAUUGAACAAGCCAAGAGGGCUCACGCCCGGAUGUUUCUUUUGCGUAACAGCACUAUGCCAACGGAUUCGUCAAAUUUACGUAACAACCUCCUUCAUCAACCGAUACCCAUGAACUCGUCCAUGCCGAUCUACGUGCCUCCUAUGACUUCGGAAAAUGUGAGCAUUGCAGAAACGGGUUUAGUGCAUCCGCAUUAUGAUAUUUACUCCAACCCAGGUUCGGCUCAAAAUUUACCACCACCACAAAUGUUUGGUGCUCAAUCGGAUUUCCUAAAUUAUGCUGAUACUUCAUAUACUUCAUAUUUGCACCAGCCUGGAGUGAUUAAUAACACUUCUGGCGAAUUUCCUCGGUCAUCUGCUUCCAACACUCAGCGUCAGCGUAAUACUCCCCCCCGAUAG